GUGUGUUCCAACAGAAAUAGGCUACCCAACCGAAUUUCUCAACGCACUAACAUUCCCUGGAAUGCCCCCUCACGUACUAACUCUCAAGGAAGGCAUACCUGUGUUAAUGCUUUGCAACAUCAACCCCGGCCUUGGACUGUGCAAUGGGACGAGAUUGGUAAUCCAUCACUUGGGUCACCAUGUAAUACGUGCAAGAAUAAUAACUGGAAAGAACAUUGGCACUGUAGUGGACAUCCCAAGAAUAAUAAUAACCUCCAACGAUGCAAAAUACCCUUUCGUCCUAAAGAGAAGACAAUAUCCCCUGCGCAUAUGCUACGCCAUGACAAUAAAUAAAAGUCAAGCUGCAUCAAGAGUUACCCAACCCCAAGGACUUCACUUUAUGAUAAAAGAAAAAGACCCCCUAUACACACACCACACUCGCAAUAUAGUUUACAAGGAGGUCUUCAACAAUAUUACCCAGGAAAAAGACAAUACAAGUCCAACACUGUAGAACGACAACAUCACUAAAUGAGGCAUACAUGUAUGGAAAUCCAUUAAUGAGUCUUUACGAAACAAAGCCUAUACUGGACCAGAAACUGUGCUUGGUGCUGAAAGGAAUGCUGCUAUUUUGACACCAAAAGCUGGUGCAAAGGAUCCAUGUGCAAUUCCUUCAAAAUGUCACAUAUCUGCUGCACUUCAGUCUACUGCAGGUACACAACAUUAAACUGACAAGAGACAAAGGAAUUUUACUACUUCAUGAUUCAAGUGACAAAGAAACUUAAUCUCAUCUC